AAUCUGAUUGGUUCCCAGUCUCUUCACUCACCGGAUGUCGGAAGAAGCGCAGAUACAGCUGAUGAGGUGGAUCUACUUCUAUUCGGGACAUUGCUGGUGAAUGCUGGUGCUGUAUUAAAUUUCAAAUUGAAAAAAAAGGAAUCCCAGGGUUUUGGAGAUGAUUUGACAGAGGCCACUACAGGUGAUAACAUCAGGGAAUUUUUACUCAGUCUGCGAUACUUUCGAAUUUUCAUAGCACUGUGGAACAUUUUCAUGAUGUUUUGUAUGAUUGUGUUAUUUGGAUCAUGAAUGUGUUUUACUGGAUAUCUCUGACUGUUUGAAAAUUGAAAAUAUGCUGGCUCUACGCACCAGAAGAAUUUUCUCCCAUCCUAUUCUUUCAGAAGCCCUUGUUUUGAUGCAGAACAUCAUCUCAGUUCAUACAUCUACAGAACCAGUUUUCUGUUUGUAAUUGAUGAAAAUUACACACCAGCAAAUAUGUCAACAUAACUGGACUAACUCAAUGUCAAUAGUUCAUCAACUGAGGGAAAAAACAAAAAAAUCCUGGGUUUCUAAAUGAAUGUAGUUAACAUUUUCUUUUAAUAAAACAGCUACUUUAGUGCCCAA